AUGUCUUCACUCGGCGAGAGCCACCUCCUUCGAGCACGUUUCACUGACGAGGCGCGAUGUAGACACUGGAGGAGAGCAUUCAGAUAUGCAAGACCCGAAGAUUGGACCUAUGGCGCCGGUAUGGCUGCGGUAGGGCCGGCUUUCAUGUUGGUUACCGAACGAUACGCUCCCUCGUUUUCCGGCAAAGGUGCCUUUGGCCCCGUCUUCAGACUCAGUUGUGCCAUUGGCUUAAUAGCGGGUGCCGGCCUGGUAUACCAGAGAAGUUGCUUGCGAUUCUACGGCUGGUCGGAGAACGAGAGAGAAGUCAAGCUGGAUAUGAGAGAGAUGGUCGAUAAAGUCAAGAAGGGAGAACCUCUAUACGGCAACACCGACCUCACCCCCUACAUGCAAGGUGUCGCUGCGCGAAACAGCAGAUUCAGCGCGCUUAUGGCCAAUGUUGUCCCAUGGGCAAACUUUGUCAACCACAACCAGCACGGCGUCGACACUGCAAAGUACUACCAACAGGCGGAAAGAGAGCUCGAAGCUGAGCGAUUAUCGAAGGGAGGCCAGUAG